UUCCAGUCGUACCGAAAAGAAUUCGCGCUAAUUUGAAGUAAAAAAUCAAGACGGGGCCUUGUGACGGAAUGAAGAACCUUUGCGAAAGGAAUAGAGCAGGAGAGUAGUAGCGCGAGCCACUCGGGAACAGAGCAAUGAACUGCAAGGCGGUAUUGCGUCGUUGUUGCCGCAAGUCUCUCCUCCGUUCAUCUACUAGUAUUAGACCCCAGCAAUGGACCAGGACGACGUCUGAGACCUCACGCCCUUCUUCGUCUCUUCGUUCUCUGUUUUGGUUUCCGAUAAAACCAACCUCUUCUUUUUCUUCCUCUGUCACUCUUCGGUUUCUAAACACCAGCAGCUCUUGCAAUGAGAAAAAUGAUGAUGAUGAUGAUGAAGACCCAAAUCAAGAUGAGAUGUUUGAAGAUGGUGAAACCACUGAUGGAUGGGAAGAGGAGGAAGAUGAUGUUGAGCCUGAGUUUGGUGAUGGAGGUGAUGGGGGUGGAGUGGUAUUGGGAGAUGUUCCAUGGGGCGAGAAGGUUCUAUCUAUUGCUCGUGAGGUCGUGCUAAAUUUCAGUGAUAUGGAUCUUUAUGCAUUCAAGGUUUCUCCUCGAGGAUACAUUUAUGUAAGGAUGGAUAAGCUCUCAAACAAAUAUGGGUGUCCAAGCAUGGACGAACUGGAAAGUUACAGUUGUCUUUACAAGAAAAAAUUGGAAGAGAUGGGACAAUCUGGAGAUAUACCUGAUGAUUUGGCCCUUGAGGUAUCUUCACCAGGAGCGGAACGGAUGCUUAAAGUUCCAGAUGACUUGGGUCGGUUCAAAGACUUGCCUAUGAGAGUAUGCUAUGUAGAAGAUGUAGAUCCAAAAUUCCAAGAGAAGGAUGGAGUGUUCUUGCUGGAGUCUGUUGAAACUGACACGGAGCUUUGUGUGUGGAAAUUGGCACAUGUGAAGGAGAAUAGAGGACUGUUAGGUAAAGGAAGACCAUUAAGCCGCAAGCAGAAGGAUUGGAGAUUAAGGCUCCCAUUUACUAUGGUAAGAAGGGUGACAUUGUAUAUAGAAUAAUAGUAUAAUACUAGUUAGUGUCUGCUUUUUGUGCUGUAUUGCACGUGAGAGGAGGAUGAAACAAGCUUUACAAUGCAGUUUCACCUUUUUAUGCCACAACCAAAUGAAAUGGUUUUGGACAGGAAGUUAGUGUAUUGGAUAUGCUAUAUGUAACUUGAGCUUUGGGAACUACAUUAACACAGAAACCUCUGGACCAGAAGCCCUGGGCAGAGGUUAUUGUUUGGCACUGCAAUACGUAGGUCACAGAAGAUAAUUCCAACUUGCCGACGGCUCAUCACUGAUGGCUGCUGCUGUGGUAUUUCAACUUGGCUUUUUGUCAAGAGUAGCAACAACGAUUGGAGUUCUUGUAAAACUUGGGCCCCAGCCAGCAUACCUGCUCUGGGUGACAUUGCUGCAGCUGAUCCUGUUGCACAUUUGUGUAUUGAGUUUGGCUAAGCAAUACCAUGGAAAGAGCUUAGCAUAUAAAUCUUGGAGUGGUAAUUGAACUGCUAUUUAGUAACUAUGAGGUUGUCCACACUGACAAAGUACAUUCAACAGAUUCUUCUCUACGUUGGGAGGCCACAUAGAAAAAAUUCCACAUUUUAGGCCCUAAGAAAAAGUAUGGGGACCUAAUUAUAGAAGUCUCAAACAAGAAAGGGCCUUUGGUUAUCCAAAUGCAAGGUAGAGGUGGGGAUGCAACUUCAUUUCUGCCUAAAUUUUGUGGAUUCAUGAAAUGGAGAUUUUAGUCUUAAGAACAUGUUUAUUUUAUUUUAUUUUUUAAUUUAUAAUGUUAGAUAUACAGCUAUAAAAAUAGAUAUUCAAAUUUGAGAACAAGUGUUGAAAAAGCAGAAGUAAACCAUACAGGCAUAUAAGUAGAGAUGACCUGAAACUUGACAUGUGAUUAGUAUGUAGCUAGUUCAAAAAAGCAGACCAUCAAGGAAAGAAACUGACGAUCAGGGAUUUAAAACCCGGAAGCUUUCGAUCUAGAUAAUUUUGGCAUGGAUCGGUCUGGAUUAGCCAGGAUUGGGCUUGUUUGGGAUUGGGUUGGGAUUGGCCACCGGAUCGACCAGAAAACGGUACACCUGCAAACAACCCAGCCAAAAAUUAAAGAAAAAAAAGAAAGGACGAAAAAA